CAGCGAGAGGGAAGAAAGUAAAGGGGGAACAAGAAUGUCAGAAAAACUCGUUUAUGCUGACUUGAACUUGACUGAAUCAACCAGGCCCAAAAUACAGGUCACUGAUGUCCAAGAGUCUACGUAUGCAGAACUGAAAGUGCAGUCCCUAGGCAGAAGUGCUGCAGUUAGCUACACGUCAUCUGGUAAAAGCUGUUGCUCCAGAACAUGUGUUGCUGUAUCAGUUGCUGUGAUAAUCCUCCUAUUGGCCUUAGCAGUGUGUCUGAUACUCAUGUAUCAUCCAACUGCAAGCACACCAGCUGACUCAAAAAACUGCUCCAUCACCUGUGAAGAUGAACAUGCACUAGGGCGGGAAUUAACUACAGAGAAUGGCAUGGAUCCCAGGUGGUAUGGUGAAAAUCAAAAGCAGAAUCAGAAAGGCUGCCCCAAACACUGGGAAAAAAAUGGGGGAAAAUGCUACUUCUUUUCUCAAAGGCAGAAUAAAACCGAUUGGAAUGACUCCCGUAAAGAAUGCACUGAUAUGAAGGCUGACCUGGUCAUCAUUGACAACAAGGAUGAACUGAAUUUUCUUUGCAAACGAUCUAGAGGUAGUUACUACUUACUUGGUCUCACAUACUCUAACAGUGAGAAGAAGUGGAAGUGGAUUAACAACAUGGAACUUAGCUCAGACAUGUUUUGUAUAGGAGGAGACUUUACUGACUAUUUCUGCGCUGUCAUUGGACAUGGCAAAGUAGAAACUGCACCUUGCAGUGGAUCCUUAUCAACACAAAAUAUGUGCGAAAAAGCUGCAGAUAUUUCAGAAAGCCAGAAGGAGAGCUAAAAAGAAGAGAUCCGAGCAGCAAUGUGAUCCUCAGCUUUCUGUAGGAAUGGCAGAUGGUAUUUGUGUCAUUUAUCUCUAGCUGUCUAAAUGUCUAGCCAAAGGGACUCUUACAGGAUCCCUCUAGACACCUUGCAAAGCACAGCACAUUCUUUCCCAACAUGUGUGUCUAAGACUGGAUGAGUUCCCCUCUAGAAGGGCAUUUUCACACAUUAGGAGCCUGGGUGACUUCCUUAUACCAGAUGCCCAAGUUUCAGGCAGCCACUGUUACAUGAGUCCAGCCUUAGGGAUAGGUGCGAUCACAGACAGAUCCUGUCUCUUAUAGACACAUGCAUAUGCACCCAUACAUUCAGAGCCCCACUUAUGCACAAGGAGACACUUCAAAGCCUUGCCAUGCACUAGUCUUCCCUGCAGCCACAAGUGAAGGUUAGCACAUAUAUGUAGUUUGGAUCCUGUACAAAAAGUGCAACCACAAUCAUUGCCAUGUGUCAUAGAUACAAUUGACAGGACAAAGUCAAAUGUGUGUGUGUAUAGACUGUCUUUGUUAAAAAACACACCGGAUACAAAAGCCCGUGGGGCUAAAAUGUGAUUCAUCAAGACAUCCAGAAAUGAACCUACACCACGCUCUGUGCAUAAAAUCACCACCAGUCCUGUGUAGGUGAGGGAAAGUAUAUCAGAUUUAAAGUUAGCCUUGCUGGGGAAGAGCACAGGAUGAAGAGCAUUCAAAACCACCAAAGCCUGAAAAACACAAUCACAAUCAUAGCUCAACUGGACAGAAAAUAGUCACAUCAAAAAACAGUCACAUGUGAAGAAUCUGGUGAGGAGUAUGAGAGUGACCUACAGAGAAUGACAAUACAUUUGGAUUAUCCUGUUUUUCUUGGAUAAUGAUCUAAACAGAAAAUUAUGCAUGAAGGUUCUUCUUGCGUAGAGAAGUUAGGGCCAACCGUAGAAACAGGUGGUAUCAGUAGAACAGAGAUGUGACCAGCAAAUGGUCAAUAUUAUCAAUGCUCUUCCACUGUGCCUCAGCAGCUCCUGGGACCCUGAGGCUUUUGUGACUCUGAGGAUUAUCACUGUUACCAUCUCCACUGAGGCAGAAUCAUUCCUGCUUCAAAUGGCACCAUUCAUGGCUCUCUCCAUUUGCAGGAUGGAGAAAGAUCUGCAAAUUCCUUGAUGAAGCGGCAGUGAUGUCAUGCUUUCUCAUCAGCGGGG